GUCUAGUAAGUACCUAGAAACAUUCCCUUCUUCAUUCUACAUCUAGCCUUUGAUUAGUUGAUAAAAUUCAGGCAUGGGUCGAUUUCAUCAAAUGAUCGACCCCGUCCUUUCUGGGAUAGAUGUGGGUCGAAAACGUUUUGUUUCUCUGUGGGUUUUUGGAGAGAAAAUAAACCUGUUCUGUGGAAAUUUUCAAAAGCAGAGCACAAUACGCCGUUCUACGCUCAGGCAGUUUUCAACUUUUGCAUUCCCAGUUUCUAGAUUUUAAGUAGACUUAAAUUCCAAUUUGUAUUUUCCUUAGGUUUUAUUUUUAUUUGGGCAAUUGAAAACUAUGCACUUAAUACAGAGAAAGAUCCACCAAAAUUGCUUCAUUCUUGGCGAGGUCAUGUUGAUAGUAUCACUGGUAUCGAAUAUAUUGAUCCAACAAAUGUUCUCAUCUCAAGUGCAUUAGAUGGUGCAAUUCGUAUUUGGAAUUUGAAAGGUCAUUUUAUGGGCACAUUUGGUCAAACAUUACCAUGGAAUAUUUAUGAUCCAGCCACGUAUCAACAUCCAAAUGCACCAUUGGACGUAUUAACUGAUCCUCGAAGUUUACCACGUCAUUCAAGAUUAGAUAGAUAUAGUGAUGAAAGUGGCGAUGAUAGCAUCGAACAAAAAAUAAAAGAAGUUUCAGUAGAAAAGGCAUCAGUACCAGUCUACAAACAGGUGAUAGAUGAUGUCACAAUUGAUAAGAAUGUUAAAGAAACAUUGUACAUAUUGGGAAAUCCAUCAAAUAUGGCUGGCAAAAGACUAAGAUAUUUCCGCGAGAAACCAACUGUUCACAAUCGAACACACGGUACAAGUCAUUAUCAGAACUUACGAUUUUAUCCUGUUGAUGACAAUCCACCAAAUACAAAUGUUCAUUUUGCCCAUGCUACCAUAAUUGAUCAUAAUCCAGAAGAAUCAGACUAUUUUGAGGGAGAUAUUUUGCUUGAUCCUGGAAUGGAGACACGUGGAAUAGGCAGAGUAGAAGCGGCUGCCCGUUGGCCUGGAGGGAUCGUCCCGUAUGAGAUAUCUUCUGUUUUUGAUGCUAAUGACCAGACAAAAAUCCUUGCCGGCAUGAGACGUUUAGAAAACACUGUGGCUAUUAACGGACGAUUAUGUGUACGAUUUCGACCCAAAACAUCGAUAGAUACUGAUUUUAUUAGUAUUCGAACUGGAAGUGGUUGCAGUUCAGCUGUAGGACGUCGUACAGGUAGUCAAACACUUACACUAGAAAAGGGUACAUACUGCAUUGAUCGACAAGGUACAAUUAUGCACGAACUUAUUCACGCACUUGGAUUUUGGCAUGAACAAUCGAGACACGACAGAGACUCAUAUGUUACUAUUGAUUACAAUAAUAUACAAAUAGGAAAAGAGCAUAAUUUUAAUAAAUAUACGGCAAGUGCUACCGACACACUUGGUUUACCCUACGAUUAUGAAUCUGUCAUGCAUUAUUCUCGUACGGCAUUUAGUACAAAUGGAAAACCGACGAUUGUACCGAAAAAUAGCAAUGCCGUUAUUGGACAAAGAGAUCGUCUUAGCAAUAUUGACACUGCAGAAAUACGAGCAUAUUAUAAAUGUGUUUAA